AACGAACCCAGGACCAUCACGUGAUGGGAAAAAACAAAUUUCUCAAGGAGGCUUACGUACCUCAGCAAAAUACAGACCGAGAUAGGACUGACGUUUGACUCAACUGACUCAACGCACACAUCCUCAUCAUGAGCAUCAGGAAGGGCUUCAAGAAUUCCUCAGUCGUUGUGAUCAUCGCCUUCUUCGUCCUUUUAAUAGCCAACGGCCUUAGCAUGUUCGCCUUCUCCACCACCUCGUGGGCCUACAUCAACCACAAGUUCAUCAACUACCAGGGCUACGGGCUGUGGCGGAUCUGCGCCACCACAGGGUCCUGUUCGCUUCUCGAUGGCACUCGAAGUGAAUGGUAUAUGAAAGUUCAGGCCUUUGGCAUCUUUGGCAUGUUGGGGAUCAACAUCGCCCUGUUACUGGUGAUUUCUUACCUGUUUGUGGAAUGGUGGGAGAAGGACAUAGAACUAGAAGUGGCGGCCAUUCUGUGCAGCUUCGCAGGAGCAAUUUUCUACGGACUCGCGGUGUCCAUCUACAAGAAAGAGAUGCCCAACUGGGUGGCGAUCUCGACUGAUCUGGAAUUUGGUAAUUCGUUGACGAUGGCCAAGUCUGCCGCGGGUGUCAGUGCAGUAGGUGGAGGUUUACUUCUCGUCGAUGUCAUCAUGAAGCGGGGAUCGGUAACUGAUGGAAAUGAUGAACAGGUGACAAUAGGUGAUGAACAGGUGAUAGUAGGUGAUGAACAGCAAACAGUAUGAUUGGUGAGGGCUGAAGCAUAUGCCACGUCCUCUACCAUAUCUGUCCCUGGAGCAGCAGAAUUUUCAUCACUGUAAUUGAGGAAGUGACGGGGUUAGGGUUAGAGAUUGACAGAUUGUUUUCACCAGUACUGGCAGACCAAACUCAAUUCAAGCGCCAGUUAUGAAACGUACAGAUCCGUUAAAUCUCUCUUAUUCCAGUCUAGCUUUCUUACACACAUAACCUAUAUAGUUCAUUGUUUGGAGCAACUGAUGAGGGGCAGCAGAAGGCGAGAACUGAUGUCAAGAGUAGUUAAACUCAUUGGUGAUAGUAGUACGCCAUGAUGGACUCACUGUUCACUACCGUUCACAGAGGCUGUUAGUCCCGAGUGACUGCUAUUUUCCUCAGCCGUGUGCGGAGCUCAACAAAAACUUACAUCCGAGGGACGUGUGAAUUUUUUUUAUGAAAGAAAAACUAAAAAAUCUAGUGAACUGAUGACCAUGAAAGACGGGGAUCCAACAUGUGUUUAUGUAUGAGUCUUUCAUUGUUGACUCAUCCUGUUUGCUUAAGACGGUUCUUCGUAAACUUGACGAUAUAUAUAUGAAACCGAAUUAUUUCUGUAUUAUGUUAUGUAUAGUCUGAUUCCUCUUGCGGAAAUACUAAUUUCCAUUUUCUCUAUGAAACUGUGUUGUCUCUUGGUU